AACGAAAGUUUUAGCUUUAACAAAACAAAAACAAGUCCUUCUUCUGCUGAAACAAUGCUUGGUCACUCAAUCUAAAAACCCAACAAAAAGAGUUAGUGGAUAUCGGCCAAAUUCGUUGUUUUUCACUAUUUCUUCAUUCUUUCGGCUGAUAUUGGAGCUGCUCGUUGGUGGGUCGGAGUUGCUACCAUUUGUGUUCAAGGAUCUGCAAAGCUACUGGGUUCAAAUUGUUGCAUCUUUUAGCCUGUUGCCAGCUGGUUGAUUGAGGAAAUAAUUGUGGUGUUUGUCCAACUUAUGAUUUACAGAACCUUGCCAUAAACAUUUGUGUAUUUUGGGGAAUGGACUGGCUGCUUUUCCUCAAGAUUUACAAAUGAUGUUCAGGGUGCAAAAGGCUGCAAAUGCUCUUGGCAUUAGGUGGAGAUGGAGUGGUGAAACCUCUUUGGCCACAGGCUUGCUAGGUGAUGUGCCUCCUGAGAUUGAGUUGUCUGACUAUGGGAGGGUUCCACCAAGUCCUGGUAGUGAGAGCCCUUCGGGGCUUCUUAAUGGUGAGAGUCUGAAUGUAGAACCCAUUGCUGAUUUGGACUUGUUCUUUGAACGGCUUUAUAGCUACUAUUGUGAGAAAGGGCUUUGGUGCAUAAUUAUAAAGUGGAUAGUUGAACUUCUGAGCCUGGGCUUUACCAUAUGUUUCUCGGGGUUUUUCUUAUUGUUUGUUGAUUGGAAUGGUCUCCGCAAUGCAAAGUGUGGGAUGGAUGCAUUUGAGUCUGGAAUUAAGCCAUGUGAUCUUGCUAAGGAAGCUCUUCACCAGCGCCCAUUAACCCCUUUAACCCUUUCAAAAGCUAUUAUUGUUGGAUAUUUGGGGCUAUUUUCCUUCUAUUGGAUAUUCUGUUUUUUGAGGUUUUUUGCACAAUUAAAGGACACUCUUGGAAUACGUCAUUUCUAUUUUAACAGUCUCCAUGUUACUGACAAUGAAAUUCAAACCAUGCCAUGGGCAACAAUCCUUGAAAGGGUUGUCCAGUUACAAAGUGCACAACAACUCUGUGUGGUCAAGGAUCUUUCCGCUCAUGAUGUGGUUAUGCGAUUGAUGCGAAAGGAGAACUACUUGAUCGGAAUGCUUAAUAAAGGAGUGCUUGCUUUUCCUAUCUCAACCUGGUUCCCUGGUGCUGGUCCAACUGUGAAAUUUGGCCCUGGUGGAACACGGCAUCGGCUGAUACUAACAAAGACACUUGAAUGGACCUUAAAUUGGUGUAUACUGCAGAGCAUGUUUGACCGAAACUUCUGUGUUAGAAGGGACUUUGUUUCUAAUCCUAGAACAUUGAAGAAGAGGCUUAUGGUUGUCGGGCUUGCUAUGCUUCUUCUCUCUCCAUUUCUUGUUAUAUUCAUGCUGGUUUAUCUCUUCUUAAGGCAUGCUGAACAAUUUUAUAACCAUCCAAGCACGGCUUCAUCCCGGAGAUGGUCAAAUUUGUCGAAGUGGAUGUUUAGGGAAUUCAAUGAGGUUGACCAUUUAUUCAAGCACCGGAUUAAUAGCAGUGUACUGCAUGCUUCUGAGUACCUAAAGCAAUUCCCCUCACCAAUUAUUUCUAUCAUCGCAAAGUUUAUCUCGUUUGUAUCUGGUGGCUUUGCUGCUAUUUUGAUCAUUAUUGCCUUUCUGGAAGAAUCUUUGCUAGAGGGCCAUAUAUUUGGUCGGAACUUGUUUUGGUAUGCAGCUGUUUUUGGAACCAUAACGGCUAUUAGCCGGGCUGCAGUUACCGAUGAACUUCUGGUCCUUGAUCCAGAAGGAGCCAUGUCUAUGGUGGUCCAACAUACACAUUAUAUGCCAAAGAGAUGGCGUGGUAAAGAGAACACUGAGAUAGUGCGGAUAGAGUUCGAAACUCUAUUUCAGUAUACUGGGAUGAUGUUGCUAGAGGAGAUGGCCUCAAUUUUCCUCACUCCAUUCUUGCUUCUAUUUGUUGUCCCAAAGCGGGUGGAUGACAUUUUACAGUUCAUUGCAGAUUUUACUGUGGAUGUCGAGGGUGUUGGUCAUGUUUGCAGUUUUAGUGCCUUUGAUUUCCAAAACCAUGGCAAUGGCAAUUAUGGCUCUCCGCAUAAUGCAUCUCGCGCACAGAGGAGUUCCCAAGGGAAAAUGGAGAAAUCAUUCUUGAGUUUCCAGAGUUGCUACCCUUCAUGGGAGCCAGAUGCUCAGGGUAAGCAGUUCUUGUCAAAUAUUAGAACUUUCAGGGAGCAAAAGUUGCAAGGGCAGGGUGCCAGACAUGCAUAUUCUCCCGGUAGAUUGUGGCGAGGUAGCCCAAUGAGAACUUAUGGAGAUAGAAAUGGCCUUUUAUCAAGGGAAAUGCAGCAGAAUAUUCCUGCCACCGGCUACAAUUUGGGUUCUUUAUGGCUAAUUGAUGCUGAUCAAAAGAAUCACCCAUAUCUCCUAGAUUGGUAUUAUACCUCUCGACCUCAUCAUGUGACCAGUUAUAGGAGAGACACUGCGAUGAGGCCGUUUGAACCAACUGAGCGACAGCAUGGAGAUUUUUGGGUGCCAAGCAACAUGACACAUAAUGAAGCAAGAGAUGAAGAAUACUGGCCACACCAUUAUGAUGAUCGCACACGGUCGCAUCUUGAAGCUUCCCCAUCACCUCAUUUCUUCCAUGACAGCGUGCUUCAGCAUCAUGAUACAAAUGACUUGGCGCACCAUACUAGGAGCCAUUGGUGGGCUAGAAGUGGUUCACAUGGUGCACAGCCCCAAGCAAGUUUUCUUGAGCCUCCUGAUUUUAACCACUAUUCUACGGACCGUCAUUAUGAUAACUUCUCUGAGAGAAGUGUAGAAGAGCAAGAACAAUUUCUUGAUUGGAGGGAUUCUCGGAGGUUAUCCCGGACGACUUACCAGGAUGAUCUUGAAGCUGGAGGGGAUGUAAAUCUUCAUUUUGAUGAUAUUUAUAGCAGACCUCCUGAAACUCCCACUGUAAAUUUAAGGCCCCUGAGCUUCCAUUGAUCAGUAAGUACGUUGAUUGCGGAGUGGUACUUCAGUUCAGAUGAAUGAAGUGCAAAUGGGUUUCCAUUGUUGGAUUAGGGUUUUAUGUUCUAUUAUUGAAAGGAAACUCUGUAUUCUUUGUUGUAUAUAGAUUCAUCAUGAGGUUAGUUUCUAGAAUGCCUCAACUCAGAUUCGGAAGGCAACAUAAUACUCCAAUGAGUUACUGUUAUCCUUCUGAUAGUGUAUAAACAAACAAUUACAAGCCAUUGAUCAUUUAAAAUUACAUUCAAUUUCUAUAUUUCUUUGUA